AGAGGUGUCUUGUCAGUCUCUCUUGUAAAAGCAGUGCUGCAUGCACUCAUCCCCGGCUUUUGUCUCAGGAGCUCCGGACUCAUAUCGUCUAUCAAGCAGUAUCUCAAAAUGAAACGUGUUUGGGUGAUAGGUCUCCUCUUCGCACUUUUAGCCUUUGCUUCUGUAAAGGCAGAGGAUGAAGUUGACGUGGAUGGGACAGUGGAGGAAGAUCUGGGUAAAAGCAGGGAUGGCUCCAAAACGGAUGAUGAGGUGAUUCAGAGAGAGGAGGAGGCUAUCCAAUUGGAUGGGUUGAAUGCAGCUCAGAUUAAGGAAAUCAGAGAAAAGUCGGAGAAACAUGUUUUCCAGGCUGAAGUCAAUCGUAUGAUGAAGCUGAUCAUUAACUCCCUCUACAAGAACAAGGAGAUCUUCCUUAGGGAGCUGAUUUCCAAUGCCUCAGAUGCCCUGGACAAGAUCCGCUUAAUGUCACUCACCCAUGAAGAUGCAAUGGCCACCAACGAAGAGUUGACCAUCAAAAUCAAAUCUGAUAAGGAGAAGAACAUGCUCCACAUCACUGACACUGGUCUUGGAAUGACCAAAGAGGACCUGGUGAAGAACUUGGGCACCAUUGCCAAGUCUGGCACCAGUGAGUUCCUCAACAAGAUGACAGAUAUGCAGAAUGAGGAUCAGUCUACUUCAGAGUUGAUCGGCCAGUUCGGUGUGGGUUUCUACUCUGCUUUCCUCGUCGCCGACAAGGUCAUUGUGACAUCCAAGCACAACAACGACACCCAGCACAUUUGGGAGUCUGACUCUAACCAGUUCUCUGUCAUUGAGGACCCUCGUGGCGACACACUGGGCAGAGGAACCACCAUCACACUGGUCAUGAAGGAGGAGGCCUCAGACUAUCUGGAGCUGGAGACCAUCAAGAACCUUGUCAAGAAGUACUCUCAAUUCAUCAACUUCCCCAUUUACGUUUGGGCCAGCAAGACUGAGACCGUUGAGGAGCCCAUAGAGGAAGAUGCUGAGGCAGCAGAAGAACCAGAGAAAGAGGUUGCCGAAGAAGAGGCUGAGGUGGAGGAAGAGGAGGAGGACAAAGACAAGCCCAAGACAAAGAAGGUUGAGAAGACUGUGUGGGACUGGGAACUGAUGAAUGAUAUCAAGCCCAUCUGGCAGAGACCAGCAAAGGAGGUUGAGGAGGAUGAAUAUACGGCUUUCUACAAGACCUUCUCUAAGGACAGCGACGAUCCUCUGGCUCACAUCCACUUCACCGCUGAGGGUGAGGUUACCUUCAAGUCCAUCCUGUUUGUGCCCAAAGCAGCUCCCCGUGGCCUGUUUGACGAAUAUGGCUCCAAGAAGAAUGACUUCAUCAAGCUGUUUGUCAGGAGAGUUUUCAUCACAGAUGACUUCAACGAUAUGAUGCCCAAGUACCUGAACUUUGUCAAGGGAGUGGUUGACUCUGAUGACCUUCCCCUCAAUGUGUCCAGAGAGACUCUGCAGCAACACAAACUGCUCAAGGUUAUCCGUAAGAAGCUGGUGCGUAAGACUUUGGACAUGAUCAAGAAGAUUGCAGAGGAACAGUACAACGAGAAGUUCUGGAAGGAGUUUGGAACCAACAUCAAGCUGGGCGUCAUUGAGGACCACUCCAACAGGACCCGUCUGGCUAAGCUGCUCCGCUUCCAGACCUCCAACAGCGACAAAGAAGUUGCCAGCCUGGAGCAGUAUGUGGAGCGCAUGAAGGAGAAGCAGGACAAGAUCUACUUUAUGGCUGGUACCAGCAGGAAGGAGGCCGAAGUUUCUCCCUUCGUUGAGAGGCUGCUGAAGAAGGGUUAUGAGGUGAUCUACCUGACAGAGCCUGUGGAUGAGUACUGCAUCCAAGCACUCCCCGAGUUUGAUGGAAAACGCUUCCAGAACGUGGCAAAGGAGGGUGUCAAAUUUGACGAGAGUGAGAAGGCCAAGGAGAAGAGGGAGGCAUUGGAGAAGGACUACGAACCACUCACCACGUGGCUGAAGGACAAGGCCCUGAAGGACAAGAUUGAGAAGGCCGUCCUCUCUCAGAGGCUAACCAACUCACCCUGUGCUUUAGUUGCCAGUCAGUACGGUUGGUCAGGAAACAUGGAGAGGAUCAUGAAGGCACAAGCUUAUCAGACAGGAAAAGACAUUUCCACAAAUUAUUACGCCAGCCAGAAGAAAACAUUAGAAAUCAACCCCAAACAUCCUCUCAUUAAGCAGAUGCUUAAGAAAGUCAAUGAUGACACUGAGGACCAGUACGCGUCAGAUAUGGCUGUGAUUCUGUUUGAGACGGCCACGCUGCGCUCAGGCUACCAGCUGGCCGACACAAAGGAGUAUGGAGACAGGAUAGAGCGCAUGCUCCGACUCAGCAUGGACGUACCUCUGGACGAACAGGCAAAGCCUGCUGAGGAAGACUCUGAAGAUAAAGAGGAAAUCGUAGAUGAGGAUGAUGAUGAAGAAUCUCAAACCGGUUUUGUCCACAUCCAUAGACUGAUAAUAGGAAUGAGUAUAGAAAUUCCUGAAGGACUGACGGAGCUGUUACAGAGCUUUACCGUGGAAGUGUUGAGGAAUCAGCCCAGGGAUCUGCUCGAGUUUGCAUUACAGUACUUCACCCAGCUGAAGGACAGUGAGACCAAAGAGGCCUCAUUUGGCAAUGACCAAAAUUCGGCCCCAAGACCUGGAAAAGCGGUCAAUUUCAUUGACGAAGCCAUGCAGAUCGAUUCUGAAAACGGAGAGGAGGAGGACGACGAUGACGAGGAAUUCGUAGUGUGUGCUGAAGCGUUCAAUCCUGAUGAAGAUGAUGAUGAGGAUAAAGAGCCAUGGGUCACCCACCCAAAAACAGAUGAGCAGAGACAGAGACUACAGGAAGCAUGUAGGGACAUUCUCCUCUUCAAGAAUUUGGAUCCGGAGGAGAUGUCUCAGGUGCUGGAUGCCAUUUUUGAGAAGUUCUGCACAGAAGGGGAGCACAUCAUUGAUCAAGAUGAUGAUGGGGACAACUUCUAUGUUAUUGAAAGUGGGACGUAUAACAUUUUUGUAAUGGUUGAUGGUGCGGAGAAGCUGGUAGGCAGCUAUGACAACCGAGGCAGCUUCGGAGAAUUGGCGUUGAUGUACAACACCCCCAGAGCAGCCACAAUAAUUGCCACCUCACCUGGAGCCCUUUGGUGCCUAGAUCGUCUUACAUUCAGGAGGAUCAUAGUGAAAAACAAUGCCAAGAAGAGAAGGCUGUAUGAGGCAUUCAUUGAAACGCUACCGCUGCUUACGUCAUUAGAGCUCUCAGAGAGGAUGAAGGUAGUAGAUGUCAUAUCUACCAGGGUGUACACUGAUUCACAGCAGAUUAUUGCUCAGACGAAAAAAGACCAGGAGGAAGAGGAGAUGGAAAUCGCAACAUGCUCCAGGGGCCAGUAUUUUGGAGAAUUGGCACUUGUCACAAACAAGCCAAGAGCUGCAUCAGCCUAUGCUGUGGGAAGCGUCAAAUGCUUGGUCAUGGACGUUAAAGCCUUUGAGAGAUUGCUGGGCCCAUGCAUGGACAUCAUGAAGAGAAACAUUGCUAACUAUGAGGAGCAACUAGUGGCCCUGUUUGGAAGUAGCACUGAGAUUGAGCAACAAAGUGCAUGA